AUGAAGUACUCCACCACCAUAACCCUCGCCCUUGCCACUAUGGCUACGGCCGACUGGUCACUUUACUGCGGUGACUCUUGCACCGAUGGUACCCUCGUCGCAUCCGGCUCAGAAGCCGUCGAAUCCUGCGCAAGCCUCGGUGACACAUACGACUACUGCUACAUCGAAGCAAACUCCAUCUACUACGUGAACUGGUGGAAGGCAAUAUUCUACGAGAAUGCUGACUGUGAAGUUUCAAGCGUCUCCGGAGGCCUGGAGAGCAAGGGGCUGUUUGACGGCUCUUGUACCGCUGCCGGGUCAUGGAAAAGUUAUGAAGUGGUUGUAAAUGCUUAA